AUGUACGACUCCGACCGGGAGGAGGACGAGGAAGAGGAGGAUGACGACGAUGAUGACGAAGAUGAAGAGGACAUGGAGGAGCUAAGGGGCCGCAUGAUGCGUCGACGCAAAAAACGAAAGACUGCGACCUCGACCUCGAAGAAAAAGGCCGCCGCCCCCAGGGCCCAGCCCCGCCCCUUGUCUUUCUCACGCCCCACCCCUUCCACGCCUCCUCCCUGCCCCAGCUUCCAGGCCCCCCUGGCCCCGCCCACCACAAACAUAAACAACAACAUAAACAUAAACAUUGGCCGCGGGCCCGGCAGCUCGGGGAGCAGGCGACAGCACUGCCCCUACUGCGGCCGGCAUUUCCGCUCUUUGGCCCGGCACCUGGAAAAACACCACGACCAGCAGCCGGAAGUCCGAGCCGCGAUGGAACUGGCUCAGCUCCACACUCAUUCCUCCCACCCUUCGGCAGUUCCCGCCGCGACCUCGCACAAACUCUCUUUCUCCUCCCCCCAGCCCUCCUCUUCGACCGCCUCCUCCUCCUCUGUGCCAUCGUUGUUUUCCCGAGAGAAGGACUCUCAGAACGGCGCCAGCGGCUCGGGCGUUUCUUUCUCCCUCUCUCUCUCCCCGCCUGUGGCUGCCUCCUCCAAAAAGAGCCCUGCCUCCCUCUCCUCCCCUUCCCGAAAGAGUACGGCCACGCCCACCCCUCCUGUGAAGAGCUCCCCGGUCACCCCCCCCAACCCUCCGGCCAGGAGGGGGCGCAGGCCGAAGAAAGAAAAGGUGGAACAGCAGAAGAAGCAAGAGGAGAUGGAGAGAGCAAAGGAGGAGGCCCCUCCCACACCAGGCAGAGAGGAAGAGGAAGAGGAGGAGGAGGAAGAGCUAGAGAUGAGCGAAGUCCGAGAGGAAGAAAGCCCAGAGGAGAAAAACGGAGAGAUGACAAGUUCCCACAGACCUCACAUGCCUCCUCUCCUCUCCUCCCUCUCCACGCUGGUUCUCUACCUCCGCCGGCAGCAACAUUCCUCAUUCCUCUCCCUCUCUCGGACGCCCAACUCUGCGGAGGCCUGGCGUCUGCUGUGCCACUCCAGCCUGGCUCUCCUCAUCCUCUAUAACCGGCACCGCGAGUGCGAGGUGGCCAAACUCACCGUUCAGGACUACCAAAACCGCGUCACGCCUUCCGCCCCCAACGCCGCCUCCCCGAACCCCGCCGGGGGCGCCCUCCCCGCUCUCUCCCCUCUCGAAUCCUGUUUGUCGCCCUUCGAACGCCACGUGCUGUGCCACCUGCCCCGCGUGGGCGUCCUGGGCAAACGCGGGCGCGUCCAGCCCCUCAUCCUGCCCCCCCACGCCGAGGCCUGUCUGGACCUGCUCCUGCGGACGUGCUCGGACGUCGGCGUCGACCCCGAGAGCCCGUACGUCUUCUCCCGGCCGUACCACUCCCCCGCCACCCCGCUGAGGGGCACCGACCUGCUCCGGGGGCUGGCCCGCUCCAGCGGCGCCAAGAACCCGGCGGCCCUGACGGCGCCGCGGGCCCGCAGGCAGGUGGCCAUCCUCACCCAGCUCCUGCUCCUGGAGGAGGGCGAGAGGCAGCAGGGCGCGGCGGCCAAGCGGCUGGAGGACUUCCUGCAGAGCGAGUACCACGUGACGCAGAGCUGCGCCCGCAUCGGGCAGGACCCGGCGCUGAUGGGCCGGGUGGGGCGGGUGGUGCUGUACGGAGAGAGAGACGGAGUUCUUUUCCGCGGGAUGAGCCUGCAGCACAUCUGCCUGGAGCUGGACGUGAUGUCCGGGAACUCUGCGGACUCCUUCUCGGACGACUCGGAGGCGGAAGGGGAGAAGAGUAAAGAGAGGGCGGAGGUGGGAAAGAAAGGAGCGGGGAACGGGAAAGGGCCUCGGCCGAAAAAGGAGAGCAGCCCCCACCCCAUGUCAGUCACCCCCUCCCCCUCCGGACCCCACAAGAAAAGAAACUCACAGCCCAAAUCAGGUAAACGCGGCGUGCUGAAGCGGCCGUGGUCGGAGGCGGAGCGCGUUGCCGUGGAAACACACCUGAAGCGGAACAUCAUGGAGCUGCGGGUGCCGGCGAAGGCCGACUGCGAACGCUGCCUACAGCACUGCCCCCUGCUGGUUACCAACCAGCGCGACUGGAGGGCCAUCAAGUUCUACUGCCACAACCGUAUACAGCUACUGAAGAAACAAGGUCGCAGGGAGGGCAACGUCGCCACUGUCUGCUAACACAACAACAACAACAACAACAACAAAAUCCACAUGUCCUGCACACACACUCACACAUGCCUGUUCCAGACACGAUAGUGGAAGGACGAGGCUUUAGCUCUCCCUGCAGAGUGGGAACUUUACACAUAAACA